AUGAAGAAGGAUGUGCGGAUUUUACUGGUCGGCGAGCCCAGUGUGGGCAAGACCUCCCUCAUCAUGUCUCUGGUCAGCGAGGAGUUUCCUGAAGUGGUUCCUUACAAAGUGGAGGAUAUCACCAUUCCUGCUGACGUCACCCCUGAGGGAGUCCCUACACACAUCGUUGAUUAUUCAGAAGCUGAACAGACGGAUGAGCAGCUUUAUCAGGAGAUAUCAAAGGCUAAUGUCAUUUGCAUAGUAUACUCGGUCAAUAAUAGUAAAUCGAUUGAGAAGGUGACCAGCCACUGGAUCCCCCUGAUUAAUGAGAGGAUGGAUAAAGACAGCAGGGUUCCUCUGAUCUUGGUGGGGAACAAGUCUGAUUUGGUUGAGCACAGCAGUAUGGAGACUGUACUGCCCAUCAUGAACAAGUACACUGAGAUCGAGACUUGUGUUGAGUGCUCGGCAAAGAAUCUGAAGAACAUCUCAGAACUGUUUUAUUAUGCUCAGAAAGCUGUGCUCCACCCAUCAGGACCGCUCUAUUGCCCCGAAAGCAGAGAGAUGAAACCAGGAUGUGUUCGGGCUCUCACUCGCAUCUUCAAGAUUUCUGAUUUGGAUAAUGAUGGAAUCCUCAACGACAAUGAGCUGAACUUCUUCCAGAGAGUGUGUUUCAGCACGCCGCUCGCCCCUCAAGCUCUGGAAGACGUGAAGAAUGUGGUGAGGAAGAACACUGCUGAUGGAGUGCAUAAGAACGGCCUGACUCUACAGGGCUUCAUCUUUCUGCAGAUGCUCUUCAUUCAGAGGGGACGUCAUGAGACCACGUGGACGGUUCUGCGUUGUUUCGGCUACGAUGAUGACCUGGAGCUUCAUCAGGACUUCCUUUUCCCUCUAUUAAAAACUCCUCCAGACUGCAGCACAGAGCUGAAUCAGAACGCCUCCUUGUUCCUGCAGAGUAUCUUUGAUAAACAUGACAAGGACAGAGACGGUGCUUUGUGUCCGAUCGAGCUGAAGGAUGUGUUUGAGGUUUUUCCCUACAUGCCGUGGGGGCCGGACGUGAAUAACACGGUGUGUACGAACGAACACGGGUGGAUCACAAAUCAGGGCUUCAUCUCUCAGUGGACGUUAACAACUUACCUGGAUGUCCAGCGGUGCCUGGAGUACCUCGGUUACCUUGGUUACUCCAUUGUAGCUGAGCAAGAGUCACAAGCCGCGGCCAUCACAGUAACACGUAGUAAGGAUGUGGACCUGCAGCAGAAACAGACUCAGAGAUGUGUGUUUCUUUGCAACGUGUUUGGCAGCUACGGCAGUGGCAAGACCAGUUUCCUACAGGCCUUUCUUGGACGCAACCUCACUCAUCAGCAGGCGAUGACAGAAGAACACAAAUCGUACUAUGCAAUUAAUACAGUGCACGUCUUCGGCCAGGAAAAAUACCUACUGCUGCAUGAGAUCUGCUCUGAUUUAGAUUUCCUGUCUGAGUCUGAUCUCUCAUGUGAUAUCGUGUGUCUGAUCUAUGAUGUCAGCGAUCCCCACUCAUUCGAGUACUGCACUCAAGCGUUUGAGCAGUGUUUUUUGGACAGUAGGGUGCCGGUACUUUUGGUGGCCAUGAAAUCGGACUUGCAGGAGGAGAGACAGCAGUACAGCAUCACACCACAUGACUUCUGCAGAACCUACACCAUCCCCCCACCUCAACCCUACAGCUCUAAUACUGCAGGAGCACCCGGCCGAGACAUCUUCAUCAACCUCGCUACCAUAGCAACCUACCCGCACCUGCGGCUGCGCAGUAUGUGUACCUGUAACAGGUGUACAGCCUGCUUCUGUCAGAACUUCCUCAACUCUGAACUACUACACACUGUCAAAGUCAAACUGCACACCUUCAUCUCCAGCAGGUGUUUGAUGGUGGAGGAUAUGAGAAGUUCUGUCUGGUUUCGGGUCAGUUGUGGGGUGGCGCCGAUCUCCAUGUUGGGAUUUACUGUGUACAGACUUCUGAUUAAACUCCGGUGAUGCAAAAAAAACCACUUUUUAGAUUUUAUACUGCAGAUUUUGCUGCCUUCAUA